UUUACUAUGCUCCGGGAGCCAGACUUUGACCCCUUCUGCAACUGGCACCACGACACACGGCUCUUCGACCAGUCCUUCGGGAUGCCCCAGAUCCCAGACGAGUGGUCCCACUGGCCAGGCACCCACUGGCCCGGCUACAUGCGCCCCCCAGGCUCCUCCGUGGAUGUAGGCUUCUACUUCCCCUGCCUGAUGGGCAAACCCUACGCCUGCACAAUGUCCCGCCAGCUCAGAUCUGGCCUGUCUGAGAGGAAGCAGACCCAUGACUCCUGGAGGAUCAGCCUGGACGUCAACCAGUUCGCCUCUGAGGAGCUGGUGGUCAAGGCUAAGGGCGGAGUGAUAGAGAUUAUCGGAAAGCAUGAGGAGAGAAGAGAUGAACACUGCUACGUGUCCAGAAACUUCACCAGGAAGUACACAGUACUGUCCUCUGAUACAAACUUAUUCUGUCUUCUGGCUGAGAAGGUGACCUCCUCUCUUUCUCCAGAGGGUGUGCUCAGCGUCGAGGCCCCACUGCCCAUGCCAGCCAUCCAGGAAGGAGGCCACUCCAUGGCCAUCAGCAAGAGGUAA